AUGGCUAAGAAGAACAAGGCAAAGAAGAAGAACCAAAAGAUUGAGGAUGCCCCUCCUCCUCUUCUGCCUGAGCCAGAGCCUGCAGAGGUAGCUGCUCCCGAGGAGGUGAUAUCACCUUCUAUAGAAGCACAAAAGCACACUGCUCCCGUGGAGGAGACGCAAGAAAUCUCUCCUCCCGAGCCAAGUGAUACAGUGCUGGAGACAGUCGAUAUCAACCUAGGCGACAACAACCACGACGACGACGAACAACAACUAAAGCACCAAGUGCCACACGAGCUACAAGAAAUAGAAGAGCACCAAGAGCUACAUGAACCAGAAGAGCCGCAACAACCUGAAGACUGGAGCAUGAUUGCACCUCACGAACCAACUGUGCAAGACGACGAAUCGGCCUCAAUGAAGAACAAAAAGCAUUCACCCACUCAAUCAAUCAGUGGGAAGUCAUCCGGUACCGCACCGAGGAAUGACCCUAAGGACGAGGAAGAUACCUUUCAAGAUGCUAAAAAUGGAUCGGACGAAAUAGAGGAGAUUGUUGAUCCCGAAAACGCUCCAGAGAAGGCUCCUGAAGAUAUUCCCGAGGAACCUCAAGCCCAUACAGAGACACCAGCAGACGCUGAACAUGAAGAGCUCAAGUCAGUGCCAGUCGAAGCUUACCAGGUAAAAGAAGAUGACGAGGAUACUCCAGAACCCACAGAAGACGCGCCUGAAAACAAUGUAGAAGGGACACAAGAAGAACCUGAACACAGUCUUCCGGAAGAACCAGCUGAACUAACGGAAGCCAAAGAGCUACAGACAGAGGGGCAACAAGAAAUAGCGGAGGAAGCAAAAGAACAUUCAGAAGAAGAACAUCGAGACCACCAAGAAGAUGUUGUUCCAGAUAUACUCGACAAUAUGUCCUCAAAACACUCCAUUUCCGGAAUUUCUCACGCCGGACCAGCACCCCUACCAUCUCCCGUACCUAGUGAACCACGCUCUGUACACUCUCCAGUCAUACCACCCGAGCAUCCUCUCUCCCGCCAUGGCUCGCCGAUGAUGUAUCACACGUCACCACAAUACAGAUACACCAGUCCUGCAAUGCAAGCAUACAGCCCAUACAUGAUGGGCAUGCACGCCCCACAAAUGCAUCCAGGUAGUGUUGCUGCAUCUUCCGCCAGCUUCGCUACAGCCUAUCCUAAUGCCUAUCACUCCCCCAUGAUGGAACAUACACCCAUGGCAUCUCCUCAUAUGUAUCCCCGUCGCUCGAGCACAUAUGCCAAUGGUGCAAGAGACUAUUACAGCGGCAGAAUGGACCGUACAUUAUCCGGGGGAAGCGGGAACAGUCAUGCGCAUAGCCAGCGGAUGGAAAAGACAAAUAGUCAUAUCAACAAUGAGGAUGACCAUCAUGAACACCAUCAUCUCAUGGGUCGAGUUGAGAAAGCUAUGCCGGACCUCAGUCGCAUGUUGGACAGUUUCAAGGAUACUCGCAAUAAGCUGCAGGCUAGAGAGGCGGAAUUCAAGCAGCUACAAUCACAACAUGAACAAGCCAUUAUGCACAAGGAUUUUUAUAUUGAGGCGCUUCAGGGUCAGAUGAAGAAGGCUGCUACAGAGACGGCGGAAGAGUACGGCAAGUUCAAGGAUAUCAUCAGUGGUCUGCGGGUGGAUCUAUCAAAUCAGCAGGACAGAAUAAAGAAUAUACAGGGGUAUCUCGAUACAUUUCGGAAGCAGAAUGAGGAACUUGAGCAGGUAAAAUCGGAGCUUGAGUCGGAAAUUCAUACACUCGAGAAGAAGGUUGAAGAGAUGGAGAUGGAACACGAAAGGACUCUCGAAGAGGCGAAAGAACAUGAACGGGCCGAAUUGUCUAUGCAAAAGGAGGAAUUGACGAAUCUGUUCGAGGAAAUCAGAACCGAGGAUGAGACCGCCGCUAACGAACGAUACAACGAACGCGAAAAGGAACUUCUCGACGAGCAAGAGACCCUGAAGUCUUCUUGGGAAGAGAAACACCGCGAGUUGGAAGAAGCGCACAGUAACCUCCAGACCGAACAUGACGACAAACACGCUGAACUUGAGAGAACUCUUGCAGAUUUGGAAGCUGCGAAGAAUGAUUUACAGGCCGUUCGUGAUUCUUUUGUCAGCAAAUCCGAGGACUUGGAGACGAAAGAGAAGGAACUUGAGACGACCAAGACGGAACUAGAAGAGAAGUUGGAGGAGGUCAAGAAAGCGCAGGAUGAUGUUCACUACAAACAGGAGGAACUACUGGCCACCCAAGCCGAGUUACAGUCAACGCUUGAAGAGCUUGUGACCAAGAAGGCUGAGCUUGAAGCCAAACAUGCUGAGUUAGAAGAUACGCACAGGAAACAUGCCGAAGAGAACGGGCAGCUCAUUGGGUCUCACUUCUCCGAACUUGAUAACAUUCGUGACGUCCACGCAACAGAGAUCAAUGACUUGCGCAUCACACACGAAACCAACACAAAGGAUCUCCAAAGGCGCUUCGAUAAACUAUCCAAGGACUUUGACGAGAAAGAGAGAACAUGGGCAGCCGAGAAGACCAUGUUACAGCGACAACUUCACGAGAAAUUGGACGAAUUAGCAGGUAUUGAACGAGAGAAGGACGCCUUGGAACGAGAUGAUGUAGUCCGCGAAAGACACCUACAAUCCGCAGUCGAAGAGAUGCGCCGAACAAUCGACAAUAUGGAAAAUGACAGAGAGAAGCUGCGAAAGACAUUGCAGAGCCUGGGUGAGGCGACAGACUUGAAGUCAUCAAAGGGUGAUCAAUUCUUUGUCGACCAAUUCGGCCAACUCCAACGACUAAUCAUCGAUCUCUCCAAAGAGCACUUUUCCUACCUCCCCAUCGACCCACCAAAGGACAUCCUUGAAAAGAUUCCCUCUGAAAUGCCAUCCUUUCUUGACAACACAGUCGCGUCCCGCGAACUCCGAUCCGCCUACAUCCAACACGUUGUCUCCAAAACUCUGACAUACCGCAUCUUCCAACCUUUCCUCUUCACUCUUGGCCGCAGAUACGAUAAAGCCGAUACCUUCUUCCAGGUGUUGUCCAUGGAUAUUCGCCGCAAAUCCGUCCGCCGAGAAGCAUUUUGGAGACAGCAAACCCUCAAAGCAGCCUACACAACGUCGGACGCAAAGCAAUCCAUCAAUGUCGUGGCCGCUGUGAUUGUGGAUGAGAUUGUUGACCACAUCAAGCAUUUCGCGGACCCGAAGCAACUAGACGCAUUGUUGGGUGGGAUUAGACGGAUCGUCAAACUUGCGGCAGAGACCUGGAGACAUGCACGCGUUGAGAGGGAGCUUGUGCUUGCUACUAUGCCUGCGCCAGAGUCGGAUGGAGAGGUCAAUGAGGGUUGGGAAGAGUAUACCUGCGGCAGGGCUUUCCCCGAAUCCAGUCCUAGUGGAAGUGCUUCUCCUGGCGGUCGACAUGUCCUGCUACGAGUCUUCCCGCGUAUUUAUAGGGAGGCGGCGCAUGAAGACUUUAUUGCGGAUGACAAGGAGAAGAUGAAUGCCUGUGUUUAUUUCCCAGGUUCUAUUCUCUACUCUGAUUCUCCUUCAGUGCUUGCGAGGAGGGAAGAGCAGGGCCAGAAAGGGAGUGUGAAUGGCGAGACAGCACGUUCUUCGUCUCCCUAA